ACAACAGGCGGAAAAUUAAAUCCUCCCCUCUCGGAUCUAUAGCGCCUUCGUUUCUCUCCUCUCCCCUUCCCCUCUCCCUCGCCAUGGCGACUCCGAGAUCUCCAUCGAUUCGGAACUUGUCCAUUGCUGCCGUCCUCUUGCUUCUGAUUCAUGGAGUCAACUGCUUCUACCUCCCCGGUGUUGCCCCCGAGGACUUCGAGAAGGGAGAUGAAUUAAAAGUGAAAGUAAACAAAUUGACGUCAACAAAGACUCAGCUUCCCUACUCGUUUUAUUCCCUCCCAUUUUGUCGUCCAGAUAAGAUAUUGGACAGCGCAGAAAAUCUUGGCGAAGUUCUUCGAGGUGACAGAAUUGAAAAUUCCCCCUAUGUGUUUAAAAUGCGGGAACAUCAGAUGUGUAAUAUUGUUUGCCGGAUUAAACUUGAUGCUAAAGAAGCAAAGGAAUUCAAAGAGAAGAUUAAUGAUGAAUAUCGGGUCAAUAUGAUUCUCGAUAACCUUCCCCUGGUUUUUCCAAUCCAAAGGCAGGACCAGGAAUCACCUGUUGUUUACCAGAUGGGUUACCAUGUUGGGCUUAAGGGCCAAUAUACUGCGAGCAAAGAUGAGAAGUUCUUUAUCCACAAUCAUUUGGCAUUUACAGUCAAGUAUCACAAAGACAUGCAAACCGAUUCUGCGAGAAUAGUGGGAUUUGAGGUCAAACCAUUUAGCGUGAAGCAUGAAUACGAAGGGAACUGGAAUGAUAAGAAUACUCGUCUAACAACCUGCGACCCGCAUGCAAAACAUACAGUUGUUAACUCCAACUCUCCGCAAGAGGUUGAUGAUGGAAAGGAAAUCGUAUUUACUUAUGAUGUUGAAUUUCAGGAGAGUGAAGUGAAGUGGGCUUCUAGGUGGGAUGCGUAUCUUUUGAUGAGUGAUGAUCAAAUCCAUUGGUUUUCUAUCGUCAAUUCAUUGAUGAUUGUUCUUUUCCUCUCCGGCAUGGUUGCAAUGAUUAUGCUACGCACAUUAUACCGUGAUAUUUCCAAGUACAACGAACUUGAAACCCUGGAAGAAGCCCAGGAAGAGACCGGGUGGAAGCUUGUCCAUGGGGAUGUUUUCAGGCCUCCUAAAAACUCAGAUCUGCUCUGUGUGUACGUUGGAACUGGAGUUCAGUUCUUGGGAAUGGUUGUUGUAACAAUGAUGUUCGCCAUCCUCGGCUUCCUCUCCCCCUCGAACAGAGGUGGACUUAUGACGGCCAUGCUCUUGCUCUGGGUUUUCAUGGGUCUUUUUGCCGGUUUUGCCGCGGCCCGUCUCUACAAAAUGUUCAAGGGUACAGAGUGGAAGAAGGUUGCCCUCAACACCGCAGUCAUGUUUCCUGCCACCAUAUUCGCACUGUUCUUUGUUCUAAAUGCCCUUAUCUGGGGCCAGAAAUCAUCCGGAGCUGUGCCCUUUGGAACAAUGUUUGCUCUAGUUUUUCUAUGGUUUGGAAUCUCAGUUCCCCUUGUUUUCGUCGGCAGCUAUGUCGGGUUCAAGAAGCCCGCCAUUGAAGAUCCAGUGAAGACAAACAAAAUCCCCAGGCAAAUCCCAGAGCAAGCUUGGUACAUGCACCCAGCCUUCUCAGUUCUGAUCGGAGGGAUCCUUCCAUUUGGGGCUGUUUUCAUUGAACUCUUCUUCAUCCUCACCUCAAUUUGGCUGAACCAGUUCUACUACAUUUUCGGAUUCCUGUUCUUGGUUUUCGUUAUCCUCCUCAUCACCUGCGCUGAAAUCACCAUUGUUCUGUGCUACUUCCAGUUGUGCAGCGAAGAUUACCUAUGGUGGUGGAGAUCUUACUUAACCUCAGGCUCAUCUGCCCUUUACCUCUUCCUCUAUUCCACCUUCUACUUCUUCACGAAGCUCGAAAUCACGAAGCUGGUCUCUGGGCUGUUGUACUUUGGGUAUAUGCUGAUUGUGUCGUACGCAUUCUUUGUGCUCACGGGAACCAUUGGCUUCUACGCAUGCUUUUGGUUCACAAGGCUCAUCUACUCAUCAGUGAAGAUUGAUUAAUGAACUACUCGAAGCAGACAGAUCGACCAAUCAUUUUGCUCCAUUUCCUUUUGCAGGAUGCCGAAAUUAUAUUCUUGUAAGAUUUUGAAAUUGAAGUAUUACUAUGAUGAUGCUUUCAGAUGUAACCUGUUGUACUCAAUUUUGAAUGAUGACAAUUCUGUUGCCAUAGCCAAGAUCAUUUGUUCAGGGAUUCUUCUGUUAUCUACCUUCAUGUUGACAAAUGGAUUCUCAAUCUUUUGAAAGGAAAA